AUGUUUAAUUUCCCAGAUAUCAAAGAAGCACGAAUAGACUAUGAGGCUCCUGCUGCCGUACGCCAAUAUUUAAAUGCAACCGACAAAGCACGUAGGCGAAAAAUACUAUUAAAACCAAGACCUGUUGCCGGUGUUGACAAUUUGGGUAUUCCUGCAGAGCCAGAGACGCCUUGUGAUCCUGGACGCUUGGAACGCAUUGCGCAUUUCCUAGCGCUUCGAUCGUCAGGACACAGAUUGAACGACCAUUUACAAAACAACAAAGCAUUUCGAAAUCCCAGAAUAUAUGCCAAACUGGUAGAAUUCAUAGACUUGGAUGAAACAGGCAGCAACUUUCCGAAAGACGACUUUGAUCCACAUGGGUUCCCUCAAGAAGCAUACAUUGACGGUAUCUUGGAGCAACAACGGAAACAUGCAGAAGAAAAGGCACUGGCACAACAGAAUCGAAGUAGUGUUGCAUUUGUUCAACCACAACCACAACAGCAGCAGCAGCAGCCACAACAACAGCCAUCACCGUCAUCAUUACCCCAACAGCAACAACAGAAACAACCAGCACAGGAGCAAUCGGCCGCCAUGGCUGCAGCAUUGGCAAAUGUCGCCAAAGUGAAGAGUCGGAUAGAACAGCAGAAGAGAAGUAGUAGCCAUGAACGUUCCCAAUGGGAUGAACGAGAGCGUAAACGACGUGCGCAUCAUGAUUAA